AUAGGGAACUGUGGAUUGAAUGAAACAAAUCACAUUGCAUCAUAAAUCAUUAAUUUGUUGUACAUCAGUCAGACAGUAACAAUUUACCCAUGAUACAUUGCGAUGUUGAUCUUCUCGAACACAGCCGUUAGUGCUGCUGGAGAGUCGUAUAAGAACAGCAUAUUUACUCGUAUGUAGUGUCUUGGCUAACAGUAAAGCUUCUGUGGAUGACUUCGACUUCGCUGUGUGAUUUUAGCAGUGUGAUUUUAUGAAUAUUCUGUUUACAUUUAUGCUUAGUUUAUUUCCAUAUAUGAGCUAUGCUUUUUCCUAACCGCUACUAAACACAUUUGGGGGACUUGUAGUAAUUAGCCCACUGCUUCAACGAUAACACACAUGCCCGUAGCUACCUUUAAACUUUGAUUGCGCGUUCCCGCAACAAUGUCCGCCAUUUUGAUUUAAAAAAUAUGACAGAAUCAUUGUCUGUCCUGCACUUCCAAUCUUGAGGUGGAUAAAACUAAAAGCGACAACUAUUUUACUGGCGCUGUGAGUUAUUGUACUAUACACGAGUGUACGGGUCAGCCAGCCUCUGGUGAGCUGUCAUGGAAACGCUCGGCAAAUUACUGACAUAAUUUGGUUGAUGGGCAAACCUGGACGUGCAGCUCUUACUGACUGGCUUGAUAAACAAACUGCUCAGUUAGCUAGCAGGCUAACACUGACGUCUUGGAGCUAAAGUCAAGAUUGCAGUCUAUCGACGUUAGAGUGUGAACGUUUGUGCCAAUGCCGUUAGUGUGUAGUUUUGCGUGGUAUGCUUGAGGAGUGAAUGUAGAAAGUGUUUUCGUCCAUGCAGAUUCAUGAGAAUUCCUUCCUGCAUCUUUGAGACAAAUGACAAGAGGUCUAACCGAGGACACCCAGUAAUCAGCAGCCAUGUUCUGGAAGUUUGACCUGCACACAUCAUCCCAGCUAGAGGCCCUGCUAGAGAAGGAUGAUGUCACGCUUACUGAACUUAUGGAUGAGGAGGAUGUACUGCAGGAGUGCAAGGCCCAGAACCGCAGGCUGCUGGUCUUUCUGUCCCAGGACACCUGCAUGCAGGAGCUGCUGCACCUCAUCACAACAGAGCCCCCUGCUGGGCUGGAAGAGACAAAACGCUUCAAGUAUCCUAACGUAGCAUGUGAGCUUCUAACAAGUGAUGUGGGGGUGAUCAAUGAUAAGCUGGGUGGAGAGAAGCCCCUGCUGGAGAUCCUGUACUCGUUCCUGGAGCAGCCCCCUCCGCUCAACCCCCUCCUUGCAUCUUUCUUCAGCAAGACCAUCGGAAACCUCAUCACACGGAAGACCGAACAGGUGAUUUCAUUCCUCCGGGGAAAGGAGGGCUUUCUUGGUCUGGUCCUGAAGCACAUCAAUACAUCCGCCAUGAUGGAUCUCCUUCUGCGCCUCAUCAGCUGUGUAGAGCCUGCUCCUCUCAGACAAGACACACUCAAUUGGUUGAAUGAAGAGCGUUUGGCCCAGAGGCUCGUAGAGCUCAUCCACCCUGGGAGCGAUGAGGAGAGACAGUCCAAUGCUGCUCAGACAUUGUGUGACAUCAUCCGCCUGAGCAGAGACCAAGCCAAUCAGCAACAAGACAAUUGUGAGGCCGACCCGCUGCUCGCUGUGCUGGAGUCACAGGAGUGUGUGAGUCAGCUGCUGAGCAACAUGUUUGCGGGAGAAAGAACGGAGAGCUGCAUCGUCAGUGGAACUCAAGUCCUCCUCACCUUACUGGAGAUCAGGAGGCCUGGGGCGGAGAGUGUGUUGGAUGUGUGUGUUCAGGGAUAUGAGCGGUGUGUCAACAGCAGUGUCCUGCAGGCCAUCCGACCCCACCUCACACACUACCACCAACUGUUGCUGGAGCCGCCCAAGCAGACCCCCAUGCUCACCAGUCUAGGCGUGUUGGAGGUGCCCCUGGGUAACUGUCGUCUCCAUGUGGCCAGACUGAUGGCCUCGCUGCUACAGGCCACUAAUGGCAGCUACUACACGUGUUGUAAUAACAGUUCUUCAAACAGCCUCGUCACACUGGAGCUCUGCACACUGGACACCGUCAACCUACUUCUGGACUUGUUCUUUAAGUACACCUGGAAUAACUUCCUGCAUUUCCAAGUGGAGCUGUGUGUAGCAGCCAUACUCAGCCACUCUACCCAGGAGGAGAGGGCCCAGGUCCAACUUAUCACCCAGGAAAGGCCUACACUUCCCCUGGAGGACACACUCCAGGCCAGCCUUGCAACCCAGGAAAAUGCCCCGUUUGCCCAGGAGGAAUGGCCUCAGGCCAGGCUCCCCGCCCAGGAGAAGCCCAGGCUUCAGGAGGAUGCUGUGGAGAAGCAGGCCUCAUCUGUCCUCAAAUCCUCACUGCCCUCUGUUCCUCCUGACAUCUCCACUCACAACCCACUGGUGACCCAUUUGUUUCAGGACUGCCAUCUGGUUGAGAGGAUAUUGGAGGCCUGGGAGGAGAACAAUAAGAUGCAGGCAGGGGGGGGCAUGAGAAGAGGCUACAUGGGUCACCUGACCAGGAUUGCCAAUACCAUUGUGUGUAACACGGAGAAAGGCCCGGUACAUACCCAGAUCAAAAGCCUUAUUGCAGAACUGCCUGGAGAAUACAAGGGCCGAUGGGAAAGCUUCGUAGACCAGGCCCUGACAGAAACUAACAGGAGGAACACUGUAGACCUGGUGUCUCACAACCUUCGCUCGUCCAGUGAAGACGAUGACAGACAGAGUCCCUUCCCCAAAGAGCUGUCACUGCAACAGACAUUCUCAGACUACCAGAUCCAGCAGAUGACUGCUAACUUUGUGGAUCAGUUUGGCUUCAAUGAUGACGAGUUCUCAGAACACGGCGACAACAUUAAUGCCACCUUUGACCGGAUUGCAGAGAUCAAGUUCAACGUGGAAUCAGAGGACACUGCCAGGACCGCAGCAUUGGAGGCGUGUUCUAAGGAGAAGAUCCAGUCAUUUGAUGACACAGAGGAGGAAGACAUCUGGGAGGACAGAGAGAUCAGCUAUACUACACACACCAAGUCCAGGACCAGGUUUGGGGGGUCGCGGACAUCCGUUGGAUCGGCUCAGAGUGAUGGGGUGAGCAAUACUCCUGAUAGGUCAACAGGUUCUGACACAGAGGAGGGGGAGGUGCCUAAUGAUGUCACGGGUCAUACAGAACACAGCAGUAAAACCAGCCAGAUGGAGACUGCACAGAACCCUGGCUGGGCAGCUAGUUUUGGGGAGGCGAACUCUAAUGCCCCCUCUCCUGGACUGGGCGUGGACCCAUGGGCUAGCCAAUCCCCCAAGCCUGGAGUGGGUGUGGAUCCAUGGGCUAACCCCACCCCCAAGACUGGAGUGGGUGUAGACCCAUGGGGUAGCCCUGCCCCUAAGUCCGUCUCAGGAGUGGAUCCAUGGACUAGCCCUGCCCCAAUGCAUGGAGUGGGCGUGGACCCAUGGGGUAUCCCCGCUUCUACGUCCGGAGUGGGUGUGGACCCAUGGACUAGCCAUGCCCCCCAGCCCGGAAUGGGUGUGGACGCAUGGGGAAGUCCCGGCCCCCAGCCCGUAACCACAGAGACCGAGAAGGGCUGGGCUAAGUUUACAGACUUUCAACCUUUCUGCUGUUCAGAGACAGGCCCAAGGUGUACUUCUCCAGUGGACUCGGAGGUCUGUGGGUCAGACAAGACCAAACCUAGCCGGGACAGUAACCCGUGUGUGUGGAGUGUGUGUGUGUCCAGGAAGGCUCCCCUGGUAGCAUCCGACAGCUCUUCUUCAGGAGGUUCAGACAGUGAGGAAGAAGAGGACAAGACAGAAUCUGUUACCAUAGAGACUAUAUCAAAGGAAACGGUCACUACGGAGACUGUGGUCACAGCUGAGGGACGGGAGACCAUCAGUCUCACCAUGGACACCAAGAACAAGAGGGCCGUCUUUACCAGUGAGACUGACCUGAAGGAGGAAGAGGGCCUGAUGGGAGCAGCAGACCUCAAUGCCACUGCUGCUCCCCUCACAGACCGGCCUGUCGCAGUCACAAAAGCGACAUCAUCCUCUGCAAUCGGACCAGCCUAGAACGGCAGUACCAAGACGCGGGCACACACACACUCACACAUGCAUAUUCCAUUCCGUAGGAAAGGCACUCCACUUCCCAACAACAUUUGUGUCUUGUGUUGAUGAGCGGUGCUGCCCAAAUAUUAACACUGUCCCAUGACCUCUAUGACACCUGGCUGAAAGGGGCAAAAAGCUGAAGGAAAAAGGCAAUUUCUGAAUCCAGUCCACAACAAUUAAUCGACUGAUUCAUGUGAUGUUUGUCCCUGCCCUUUUGUUGUCUCUCCUACACAGCUGUGUGCGUGUCGUCUCCUACACAGCUGUGUGUGUGCGUGAUCUGGUUUAAAGAGUGUUUGUAGUUCUAGGCUCAGCUCUCUAGCUGGGUGUGUUUUUUUUUUUUUGCACUUAGCUCUUUGUUGAGAAGAGACUUGACUCCAGCUUUAAUCAAAUCUUCUGCCCCAAGCAAAGUCUGAGUCUUGAGGAGCAGGGGGUGAGUAGUCAGUGACUGACCGUAACAUCCUCAAAGCCAAAAUGUCUUCUCAAAACAUGUUCCUAGUUUAAUUUAUUUGAGUCAACAAUGAUAUAGGAAAUCCAGACUGAUUAUGAAAAUCCACCACUAUCUUUUGCUAUCUGUUUGUGUGGACUAUUACAGCUAGUGAAAAUAUUGGUUCUGUCCUUUCUGUUUGCGUGUGCAUUUGGGGUGGGUGGGAUGGGGAGGGAUUUGGGAUGUAUAUUCUCAGGUUAAAAGACCAGUUCUGUGGAUGUGAUAGCACACCUGUGUGACGUCACAGGCAAACACACAGUACACACUCAUACUCAAACUGGGAAUAAUCACAUAAACCCCUGCGUGAGAACAUGCACGUACACACACACGCACACACACACACACACACCCAGUGUUUGCAUUAUAGGCAGUAACGCAGUCAAUCACAUCCUUCCAUAUCACUGGCCCACAGAGCUGUGUAAAAGUAAUAUUGUGACAUUUUAACCUGUAUUAGGUUGUGGUAUAAUGUGAACGUAUUAUAAUGUAAACAGUACAUAUAAACACCUAUCUAUUUUUGGUAUCAAUUCUGAUGUAUUGGAGAGCGACUGUUUUGUGUGCGUGCAUGUGUGUGCGCGUAUGUGCGUGCGUGUGUGUAUAGAUGAGGCAAUAAUGACAUGUUUGUUGUUGUUUUACCCCAGCAUCGACCCCUAUAACCCAGCUACAUACUUCUUUGUGAGUGUGAACAUGUAUGUUUAGUAUGUUGGGAAUGUAUUCCAUACACAUACGCUCUUCCAUGUUCUGUUAUCAGUAUUAAAAUACCCUGCCUCUCUCUCCACCAUCUUUCAUUCUCUCAGAGCAUGUCAUUCAUGCAUGAUUCACUGGAGUUAAUGUACCUUUGUGCUUUAAUGGUCUUCAAAGCAUUUUGCAGAAACACCAAGGGUUUUUCCUAAACUGAAAAGCAAGUGUUUAACUUUAUCAGUUAUUUAAGAAAAAAACAAAUUUGAAAAGUCAAUAUUACAUUUGUGAUAUGAUAGGGGUUUUAUCUGCAGAUCAUGAUGCCAAAGUAUGUCUUCCAUACAAGGCUGAGGGGAAGUGUAGACAUUGCACGCUGAGGUUCUGGAGAAGUGUGACAGUUAAAACAAUUGGCUAGAUUUGGGACAGGGGAGACAGGGUCUGUAAAUGCUAACCAGGGUUGUGAACAGGGUUAAAUCAUACCUUCCCCCUUACACCACACACUGCAUUGUGUGCGUGCGUGCGUGCGUGUGUGUGUGUGUGUGUGCUCUAUGUUGUCAGAAGCCUUUUGUAAAGUGUUCUGAUGCUGGCGGUUCUUUUCUGUAUAGAUAAUAGUGUGUGUUACUGUUGUCAAACCAAGCUUGUACAUUCAGAAAUCAAACUAAUAAAUAUUUCAACCAUG